CGUCUGCCAACUCCUCUCCAAAUGGGCUAAGGAGGCUCCCUAGGCUGCUCCCCCCUGCUGGCUGGGGGUGGACCGGGUGGUUCUGGGGUUAGUCCGAAGCAUCAGUUAGGCCUGCCGACCUGAGCUCCCGGGGGUCGGACCGAGAUUGACCACUGCCAUGUCUCUGUCCCGGGCCCUGAAAUGCUGGAAAGUUGGGGGUGGGCGCUGGUGGGAGAGAUCCUGGCCUGCUUAAAACACCAAUCUGAACAGGAAUUCCAUUUCGUCCAAGGAAUACUGGUCUCUCUACCCGCCUUUCUCACGCCUUCGAAGGUCGCCAAAAUGAGCACGAUUACUUCCCAAGGACUUGUUUUAGAAAAUGUUGGGGCAGAUUUUGUGUACGAUACAAUACAAUUGAAGCCCCUUCAACCAAAAGAGGUUCUUGUCCGUCUAAAGGCCACGGGAGUAUGCCAUACAGACAUUGCAAUUCAAAAGGGAAAGAUCCCCGCGCCUUUUCCAUUGGUUGUCGGACAUGAGGGAGGCGGUGUCGUUGAACAGAUUGGCUCAGAGGUGAGCACCGUGAAGGUCGGUGACCACGUCCUCUUGUCCUAUUCGUUCUGUGGGCAAUGCCAUACGUGUCAAAGCAAAAAGCCAUUCGCAUGCGCGCAACAGGAACUCCGGAACUUUGGAUGCAAGAGACCUGACGGGUCUUGUCCUAUGCUAUGGUCUGGCAAAGAGACACACGGAUGCUUUUUCGGGCAAUCCACCUUCACGAACCCAGCACUGGUUCAAGAGUGUUCCUGCGUUUCUGUGGACAAGUCGUUGCCCCUGGAGAUACUGGCGCCCUUGGGUUGCGGGAUCCAGACUGGGGCGGGAGCGGUGUGCAACAUUGUCCAACCUGUCGAGAAUCAUGUGAGAACACUGGUCAUCUUUGGGAUCGGGGGCGUCGGAAGUGCUGCCAUAAUGGCAGCGAAGUACCUCUCGACCACGGCACCGGACAUUUUGAGUGCCAUCAUCGCUGUCGACAUCAACGAACAGCGCCUCGCCUUGGCCCAAAAGCUGGGGGCCACUCAUACAAUCAACGGAAGCAACACAGAAGUUCUUGCCAGAAUCAAGGAGAUUUGCAACGGCACUGGGGUUGAUGCGGCCGUUGACUGUACAGGGGCGCUUUCGGUGAUCAACAACAUGAUCCUUGCGUUGGCUCCUUGCGGCAGAGCAGUCACGAUAGGUUCACCACCAGCGGGAGCAAAAAUGUCCAUUGAGGUGUUUCCUUUCAUCAACGGCUGUAAGACAUAUAGGGGCUCACAUGCAGGAGACAGUGUCGCCGCAAAGUUUCUACCUUUUCUUGCAAGGCUCUAUGAAGAGGGCAAAUUCCCGGUUGAUCUCCUGCAGAAGAAAUACAAGGCAUUCGAGAUCAACAAGGCAGUAGAGGACAUGGCUUCGGGGGCAGUAAUUAAGCCCGUGUUGAUAUGGGACUGAUGAUGACUACUAGUGAUGACUGAUGUACUUGGAGGGGGUAGAAAAUGAAAAGCUUAACGACCGCAAUAUUUGGCACCUCGAG